AAACCCUCCUGAUCGAUCACACACCAUGCCGCUCAUAAUCAUAACAGGAUUCCCUUGCAGCGGGAAAACAAGACGUUCGGAGGAGAUCAAGAAGUUUUUUGAAGAGCGAUGCAAAGCCGAAAACAAAAAGCUUCGAAUACACAUUGUCAACGAUGAAGUGUUAGGCAUAAGCAAAUUAGCAUACAAAGAGGCAAGAGAAGAGAAGAAAGCUCGUGGAGCAUUGAUGUCAGCUGUGGAAAGACUUGUGUCCAAAGACGACCUUGUCAUUGCAGACGGAAUGAACUACAUUAAAGGAUUCCGGUAUCAACUUUAUUGCGUGGCUCGGGCAAUCAGCACACCACAUUGUGUGGUGCAUUGUGGAACACCCAUCAAUAUGGCACGCGAAUGGAAUUCGGAGCGGAAGGAGGGUGCUUAUCCUGAAGAUGUCUUUGAGGAGCUAAUUACAAGAUAUGAGGAACCUGAUGGCAGGAAUAGGUGGGAUUCUCCUUUAUUCACAGUCAUUUACGACGAUGCAUCUGUCCCACAAGAGAAUCUUUGGGAUGCUAUAAUAUUGAAAAAGCCGCCUCCACCUAAUCUCUCUACUGUAACUAAACCUGUAUCCGAAACAAACUUCUUGUAUGAGCUAGACAAGAUGACGUUGGAUGUCAUUAACUGUGUCUUAGAGACUCAAAAAAAUCAAGGACAAGGUGGAUUGCCAAUGGUGGUGCCUCGAUCAUCACAUAAGGUCAUUAAUCCUGCCAGAGCUAUCACCAUGUCGGAGCUACGGCGGCAUCGACGACAGUUUACGACCAUGAACAAACUACAUACUUCAACCAACAUCGAUGUUGUGGCAGAUAUGUUUGUAGACUACUUGAACACAAAUUUGGCGAAUUGAAAUAAAAAUACCAUCCAUAGAUACAAGAGCCUAUCAGUAUGCUGUGUUUCAGGAUCUAGGCUAAAGUAUAUCAAUUUAUAGAUGGGUAUGUCAAAUGCAUGCCUAGGGGCCAACCUUGUUGAGAUAGAGUACAAAGCAAUGAAAAACUAUUAAUAAGACACACAAACGAACGGGCUUUGUGUAGAUGUGGAUGCAACAUCUUUUGCUAACGUGAUAGCCGUCAGAGAAGUUACUUCAGCCUUCAUCAUCAUGUUAGGGUAUCUUGAGGUUUGAGUGCAUCUUAAGUGUAUAAGAAUCAUGCCUUUCCUCGUUCAGCGAGUGUAACAUGCGUUUCAAGAGUGGAUAGCAUCUGGUCCCAAUUGAUGAAGAUCUCAGAUAGGGUGUUCACCUAGAU